GUACACUAGAUCUCUCCUAGCUCUCGUUUCCCUAAUUAGGCGAAGCAUAAUCCCCCCUGUAUCAUCGAGCUGUCACAUCCCUGGCCUGCGUUGUGUCCUCAUUGCUCCUUAUCAGCGUUCAUAGGCACUCCAUCCUCCACAUACCAGCGGCAGCCUGAGAGCUCGCUGCAUUGAGAUCCGGGGCUCAUCGCUUCCCACCCCUAAAUGAUCCAGUUGAUCGGCGGACGUCCCCAUGAAGAAUCUGUUCACCAUGAUCCUGCAGAGCCUCAUAAAUAAACCGAAGGAGAAGCCGCUAUCACGGGAAAAGACGGGAGCCAAACCUUCCAAUAAGAAGGACAAGGUGAUCCUGAAGAAGGAGACUAUAUUAACAGUGUUUCUUAGCAACAAUGAACAAAUAUUAACUGAAGUCCCAAUAACUCCCGAGACAACAUGCCGGGACGUGGUGGAGUUCUGCAAGGAGCCUGGAGAAGGAGCGUGCCACCUGGCAGAAGUGUGGCGCGGGAACGAACGACCAUUGCCCCUUGAUCACCUGAUGUUCGAGCACUUGCAAAAAUGGGGUCCUCGAAGGGAGGAGGUGAAGUUCUUCCUACGUCAUGAGGAAUUUCCAGUGGACAGUAACGAGCAGGCUGCUCGUCAGGCUCCCAACCAGAGGAACGGGCUCACUGGAGAGAAGCGUCUCGAAAACGGGGUGGGCAACCCAAGAGUGGAGCUGACUCUUUCAGAACUGCAGGAUAUGGCCUCUCGUCAACAGCAGCAGAUCGAGAACCAGCAACAGAUGUUGGUGGCAAAGGAACAGCGCUUGCGUUAUCUCAAGCAACAGGAGCGUCGUCAGCUGCAGACCGUCUCCGAAACAGAGAAACUUCAGAAGCUAAAAGAGCGAGUGGAGACCCAGGAAAAUAAACUCAAGAAGAUCCGGGCCAUGAGAGGCCAAGUGGACUACAGCAAAGUCAUGAAUGGAAACUUGUCUACAGAAAUCGAGCACAUCAGUGACAUGUUUCAGGAGAAGCAGCAGGAGUUGCAGUCGGCUGUGCUGAAGGUGGAGCAGCUGACACUGCAGCUGGAGGACCUGCGGAAAGGAAAGUUAAAUGGUUUCCAGGCUUAUGGACAAAUGACAGGUCCUGCCGCACUGGAGCUGAAGAAGCUUUAUCAAGAGCUGCAGAUCAGAAAUCGUCUCAACCAGGAGCAGAACUCGAAGCUCCAGCAGCAGAAGGAGCUGCUUAACAAGCGCAACAUGGAGGUGGCCAUUAUGGACAAGAGGAUCAACGAACUGCGUGAGCGCCUGUACAAGAAAAAAGUUGAGGCACGUCAAAAAGAAAACAUUCCCCUGAGUCGCAUCAAUGGAGGGCCAUCCCCUCAGUCCACGUUAUCGGCGUCGGGGCGAGUAGCAGCGGUGGGCCCGUAUAUCCAAAUCCCAAGCACAGUGAACUAUCCGCUGCCUGCCGAUCCAGUCAAACCUCAGUCUCUCUCACUUGCUGCUAGUGGGACACAGCCGCGCUCCAAGUCUGAGGGAGACAAUGAGUAUGUGAAAAAAUCUCCAGGUCCCUGGAAGGUUUCAGAUUUAGACAUUGGAGUGGAUCCCGUGCGGUCAUCCUCCACCUCCUGUCUUCAGUCUUCUGACCACAGUGUCUUCCACCAGGCACCUGGCCUCUCUGACACCCUGAACAGUAACGAUGCAAACUGGCCGACGCUGAAACAAAGCACAAUGACCAUUGUGAAGACUCCUUCGCUCAGCUCCUCAGACUGGAACGAGUCAAGUAUGGAGCCCGGCUUCAAGACCGCACCUAUAUCCAGCCAGCCCUUACCCUCCGCCGCUGUAGGACCCACCGAGAAGUUGUCUGGGGAUGCUGGGAAGUUGCCAUCUCCAAUGCUUGGGUUGAGCAAGUCUAUGCCACAUAAUUACGGCAUGUACCAGGGUCCACUUCCAUUGAGUGCUACAAAUUCUUUGGAAAGGAGGAAGGAUGGAAGUCUGCCAAGACCUGGGUCUGGAUCCACCACCCGCCCACGGCCCCUUCCACUACCAACGACGAGUAACGUCCACCCUCCGGGUUCCUCACAGCUGAUACAACAAAGAAUCUCUGUGCCCCCGAGCCCUACCUACCCGCCAUCCUCUUCCCCUAUGUUUCCUGGAACAGACACUAGACCGGACCCUCCUCUAACUGUGGCCAUACGACCUUUCUUGGCAGAAAAAGGCGCAAGGCCUCAGUCCCCAAGAAAAGGGCCACAGACAGUGAACUCCAGCUCUAUUUAUUCUAUGUAUCUUCAACAAUCAACUCCACCAAAGAACUAUCAACAGGCGGUAUACAACACCCUGAACAAAUCUGUCAAAGCAGUAUAUGGGAAACCAGUUGUCCAGGCCUGUUCAUCCAACUCUUCACCCCUUCCGUUCCUUCAUUCUGGACCUCCUCCUAAUGCUGAGAAAGAGGGAGAGACUGUUCCUCCUCCAGCUGAAAAUACUGGUGUGGAAAACAUACAGCGUCCAUUGAGCCCCACCAAACUGACCCCAAUAGUGCAUUCACCUAUGAGAUAUCAAAGUGAUGCAGACUUAGAAGCCCUUAGGAGAAAGCUUGCCAAUGCACCAAGGCCUCUGAAGAAACGGAGUUCUAUAACUGAGCCAGAAGGUCCCAGCGGACCCAACAUACAAAAACUACUUUAUCAGCGGUUCAAUACUCUGGCUGGAGGAAUGGAGGUUGCACCUUUCUACCAACAGUGCAACUCGCAGGACUUUGGCAUUUUGGCCGACGUGGACAAUGGCAACACUGGGACUAAUGGUAACAUAGAAGAGGCAGGUUCUCUGCAAACAGCUGCCGUCCCUUCUACCCUUCCUCUUCCCCAACCUCCUCCACCACCACAACAACCACCAGAACCACAGAUCUCACCAGAUGACAAUGACAAUAAGGUUUGUUCACCCAUCACUGAGGAAAUGAUAAGCAGUGAGCUUAUAAACCAGAUCUCGGACACUACAGAAGACAACAACAAUAAUCCAGCCAUUGUACCUUCUGUUGAGAAGACUCCUAGCCCUGUACUUGAAGCAGCAUCUCCGGUGAAAGAGGAAGUACCUUCACCAGCCAGGGCUCCAUCACAGACUGUUUCUGUGAAACGCACAAAUCUGAAGAAACCGAACUCUGAGAGGACAGGACAUGGACUCCGAGUGAAGUUCAAUCCUCUGGCUCUGCUUCUCGAUGCGUCUCUAGAAGGAGAGUUUGACCUUGUUCAGAGGAUUAUAUAUGAGGUGGAGGAUCCCAGCAAACCCAAUGAUGAAGGAAUCACGCCUCUACAUAAUGCUGUGUGCGCCGGGCACCACCACAUCGUGAAGUUCUUGUUGGACUUUGGUGUUAAUGUGAAUGCGGCUGACAGUGAUGGCUGGACUCCUCUACACUGUGCAGCCUCGUGUAACAGCGUCCACCUCUGCAAGAUGCUGGUGGAGUGUGGGGCGGCCAUCUUUGCUACCACAAUCAGUGACAUUGAGACCGCUGCAGACAAAUGUGAAGAGAUGGAAGAGGGAUAUAUUCAGUGUUCUCAGUUUCUUUAUGGUGUUCAGGAGAAGCUAGGCGUCAUGAACAAAGGCCUGGUGUACGGCCUGUGGGAUUACGAAGCACAGAACCCUGACGAACUGUCAUUCCGAGAAGGCGAUGCCAUUACAAUCCUAAGGCGCAAAGAUGAUGCAGAGACAGACUGGUGGUGGGCACGUCUGAACGAUAAGGAAGGAUAUGUGCCUAAGAACCUGCUGGGGCUCUACCCCCGUAUAAAGCCCAGGCAGAGAACCCUAGCGUGAGUUGUAUAGAGCCCAUCAUCCCAUGUUCACACUGGAAACCGCAGAUCACGUGCUGGAAACAUUUCAUCAGGACACUGUCAUAUUCCGAGGACGACAUUUCACAUUCACAUUCAGUACAUCUCGCUUUAAAUUAUGGAAAGAGGUAAAAGUAACUUGUCCCAAGCUGUAUUAUAAACCUUCCCUCACCCCCGUGGUCAUAGUACGAGCCAAGUGUGACACCAUAGGACGUCUGCAGGAACAGUGUCACCGCGCUCCAGUGCAGACUUGCUGUUCUACGGUACCACAGAAAUGUCUCUGGUGUAAAAAAAGAAAGUUUAAUUUCACGCUUCUCGCCCACGGUUUAGUGCCUGUACAUACAGUAUCGUGCGGACCCCUUGCAUCUCAGCACGUGAUGGGCUACUAUACCAUAUUUUCUCACCUUUUUUGAUAAUUUCCAGUUGGGGUCCUUUUAUUUGCCAAUUGAGAGUGCCCAAAACUUUUUUUUUCUUUUCACUUUUGAACACUGACAAGGAUGUUGAGAAAGAGGACUAUGUAUGUAGAUGAAUGACUGCAGCAGCGUGGAGAGAGGGGACGAGAGCGCGAAGUACAAGUUGGGUUAUAAAAAAAAGACGUAAAGGAAGUGUAUGGUAAGGAGGGGCUUGGACCGCCAUGUUUUCUGUGUUUGUGAUGGUAAUUGUAAGUCGGGGAGGGGUUGAACACUAUUUGCACUUUGAUCCAUUUUUGCAUCCACCACUAGUCAUACAUACGGUAGUACGUGGAAUGCCAGUCUGUAUAGGCACUAGUUGGCAGUCUAACCUUCUGUGGUACCUGUAAGGGCAGAGCCCAGGUUUCUAUACGCAGAGUGUUAUUGUUUAGUGCUCUGGGUAAAGGUUCCCUUUCCUAUUCAACCAGUAGGGUACAGGGGACCCCAUUAGACGCUUGACUGAAUUGGGAGAACUCGCUGUUACACUGUUGUAUUUUAUAUUUUGUACAAGUUAUGUUUGAUGCAAGAUUUGGACUCUGAAGGUGGAUUUCUAAAAGAGAAGUUAGAGGGUUCGUAUAAGAUCAUAAAAAACAUGGCUGCUUUCUUCUAGUGUCAGCUGAUCUGUAGUGCCAAAUGCAACCCAUUGGCAGCGCUGUUUCCAAAAGAAAGCCGCCAUGUUGUUUUUUUUAUUUUUAUUUCUAAUCUCAUACAAAUCCUUUAAAAUGAGUUGUGUGUGUGUGGCUGCUAUAUGUGUAACUACAAGUCCCAGCAUAGGUGGGAUCUUUAGGAUAACAGCUGGAGAGCCAAAGAAUAGAACCGAGGGCAAUGUCCACUCGAUUGCAUUGCCUUUAAAAGGCGUCUGUCAGCAGUUUUGGUCCUGGAAAAGUGCUGACAGCUCGAGGUAGGCGUCAUGAAAAGCUGCUAUUACAACCACCCUCACUGUAUGAACGGCUCUUUAGGGCUCCUACCGUCCAUUUAAAGGCAGUCCAAUGACAGAAAUAUCCAUGGUGGUUUGUUGGCACCUUCUUGUGCCCAUCAAUGAAGCUUUAAUGGGUGGAUACACAGGAUAAAGGCAUGGCCCUUGAACUAGAUGUCUCCAACCGACAGUUUCAUGCUGAGAGUUGUACUUUUUCCACAGCUUGAGACCAUCUUAAGAAGCACCUGUAAACUUUCCUGCCAUGUCUGUUUUAGUAACUACUUGCACUUCCUAUGUAAUAAUUCUGGAGCAUCUAUUAUGA